AUCAGGGUGAGGUUCAGCUCAGCAGAGGCCAGGAUCCAUCACUCUCACAGCUAAAAAACAAGGACUUGGGUUGAUCCAGACACAGCCAUGGCUCUCAAAAGAUCCUACCCCACGCUCCUGCUGUCCUUUGUCCUGCUGGGGGCUUGGCUAGCUCUGGCCAGUGGGCAGUCCCAGUCCUGGAAUAACGACCGAUUCCUGAGGCGGCACUGGGACAACCCAAAGACCCAAGCCACCACCAACACCACUUACUGUGACCUGCAAACAAGUGCUCGGGGAUUAGCCAAGAAGAACAACAUCUUCAUCCACGCGCGCAUUGCAGUCAUCAACAACGUCUGCACAACGGGUGGGAGACCCUCCAUUCGCAACCAACGUCAGAGCAUCCGUCGCUUCAGGCUCACCGUCUGCAAAUUUAACGCGAACAGAAGCACUUAUACCGAGACACCCUUAACCCGCCGAAUUGUCGUCUUCUGUAGGAAUAAGCUCCCUGUGCGCCUUGUGCGGAUCGUUAGGUUCCGACCCUCGGUGUAGAGAGCAGACGGGGGAAGGGGGACUUCCUCUAAUCCCACCCCGUCCCUUCCACACUGGCCACCCCAUCCCUCUCCUCACCCGGCUCUGAACAUUGGUCUGAUUGCUGAUGUGUCUCCACCCCUAGUGUCCAUUAUACAGUAUAACCACCCCUUCCCCAUCUUGCACUCCCUUCUGCCACAAACAACCAUCUAAAAACAUGUCCUUUAGAA